AUGGAGUUAUCAACAAACACUAAGCCUGUGAAACCCACCUCAAAUAUAUCAGAAAUGGUUUACAAAUUUGCCAAAGUUUGUAAGUUGAAAUCUAUUGGGGUUUUCAGUUCUGAAACCCCCAAUCUUCAACAUUUGCACAAACCCAUUGAAGUUCAUCCUCACUCUAUUGUUGAAGUGAAAGCCAAAGAGGAUUCUUGUGGUGAUUUGGGGAUCUUGAAUAAGAUAUUUGAUUCUGUUUUGGAUUUGAAGUUAGCAUAUCUUGAGCUGCAACAAGCUCAUAUUCCGUAUGAUCCGAAAAAGAUUGUUGCUGCUGAUGAUGUUGUUGUGGCUGAGAUUGGGAAGCUUUGUAAGAUUAAGAGUGAGUAUAAGGAGAAGCAAUCGAAAAAGGCAAUUAUCAAUGCUGAACUUUAUGAUCUUUUUAUGAAAGAAAUUGUGGCAAAAGAGGCCUUUUUAGGGAAGCUUAAGUCUCGAAAAAGUGCGAAAGAUUCUAAGCUUCUUUCGUUGCGGCAACUGCGUGACAAUUUGGAAAUAGGGAACAAGAAUCUGAAUGAGAAAAUCAAGCAGAUUAGGUUAGAGCAUAGGAAAAGUUCAAGUGUUUUGAGUGUUGCUAAGUUUCAAGAUGUCUUCAAGGCUGCUUCGAAAUGUAUUCAUGAUUUCGCGAAACCUUUGAUUAGUUUAAUGAAAGCUUCGGGUUGGGAUCUUGAUAUGGCGACAAAGUCGAUCGAAUACAAUGCUGUGUAUUCGAAGAAAUGCGACAAGAAAUAUGCUUUUGAGGCCUACAUUGCACGGAGAAUGUUUCAUGGGAUUGCGUUAACUUCUUAUGAUGUGAGUGAUGUUAUGAAGUUUGAUGACCCGUACGACACACUAAUGGAGAAUCCAGAGUCAGAUUUCGCGAGAUUUUGUCGAGCGAAAUAUCUUCUAGUCGUUCAUCCUGAUAUGGAAGAGUCUUUCUUUGGCAAAUCGGAGUAUCGUGAGUUCAUAGCGAGUGGCAAGCAUCCAAGAACAGAAUUCUAUCAGUUAUUUGCAAGAAUGGCAAAAUGGAUUUGGGUUUUACUAGGAUCUGCCGUCACAAUAGAUCCUAAUGCAACCAUGUUUUCUGUGAGCAAAGGAAGCAUCUUCUCAAACUUAUACAUGGAAUCUGUUGGGAAAGAAAACGAGUUCGCAAGUCCUACCGACAAAGAACUAGCAACCUAUAAAGUUCAGUUUAUGAUCAUGCCAGGGUUUAAAAUUGGACCGAUGAUCAUGAAGUCUCGAGUUUAUGCUUCGCAACACCGUUCAAGCUAA